ACUCAUUUUGCAGCGGAUGGCUUUAUUUUUGGCGUUUUUGUGAGCGCGUGCCACGCUGCCCGACCGACGCGGAUUGGAAUGCGUGACGUCACGAAGCCCUCGUCGGAUAGCCAGCCGGCCGGCCGCAGUCAUUCGAAGCGCGUCGACGCCGCCAUCGCGAGCAUGGAUUCGAGUUCUGGUGCCUCUACCAGCAAUGAAUACACGUCUGAAGACGAGGAGCAUUCCAACUUGGCGAGAAAUAUUACAGCUUACGGUUACGAGCCUUCCGCGUCAAGCGACGAAGAAGAGCAGGCGGCCGUGGACGUGCCGGUCAGGCAUCCCGGGCCAGCAACAUGGUGCUCCUGCGGUCACCGCUGUGGCGACAUGCCUACAGAAAGAGAGAGGGUCUGUUGCACAGAGCUACAAAAGGUGGCGAGCACAGCUGAGGGUUACGAAUUUAUUACUAAGCACCCUCUCUUUGAAUUGUAUUGCCUCAACAGGCAUAUACUCGACCUGGAGUAUGUGAAGUUGAAGCAUUACUGCCCAUACCACCUUGGACAACGCACCUUGAAUGAGUAAGUACAA